AUGGAGGAUGUCAUUGUUAACAUUGGAAGACCUCUGAAUGCUCGAAAUAUGAAGAGUAUGGGGGUAAUUGAGAAAGUCAGAGCUAAACCAACUCUAGAAACUUCCUGGGAAUCACUCAAGGAUCAGAGGAAGAUCCCCAACGGUCUCUAUCUGUUCUUCAAGAUUGACCCUCCAGAAGUAGUGGCUCACUAUCUGCAAGAUCUUGCAAACCAAGGGGUGGACAUUUUAGAGUUCUCAGUGGACUGGCUACCUGAGCGUCCACCAAAUUUCAUGAAGAGACAACGGGAGCCAUCUGGCAAGUCCAAGAAGGCAAAGAAGGAAAAGUUGGGAGAAACUUCUGGGUCAAGACCUCCAGUCCAUCUGGCUGAUUCUCCAAGUAAGUCUAUACCUCCUUCCCGCUCUGUUAAAUUAAAGUCUAUUGCUUCUUCUCUCCCCCAAACCACUCCCGUCUACACCUCAUCAGAAACUCCUCCCUCCACCACCAGAACUUCUAACCCACCAUCCCUCAAAUUCAAUAUCGCAACCACUACCUUACCCGCAUGUGCUCUGGCCUCACAACAACCAUCACAAACUGAACCUGAACCUGAAGUUACCUCCCCACCCCCUGAACAACAAAAACUACCUCCAUCUGAUCAACCUCAAACACCAACUCCUGAACAACAAACUAAUCCACCUCCUGAAUUACCAGUACCCUCACCAUAUGAACAUCAACCAAAUCCACAACUUGAACAAACAACACCAUCUCCCUCUGAUAUUCCCCCACCACCAACCUCUAACGCCAUCAUCACUCCUACUCAAAAUCCAGAUGACACCAAUCCAACUCCACCACCCUCCCCAACCUCUAACCCUGAACCAAAAACUGCCUUCCCCAUAUUAGAAGAAGCAAUAACUGUAUUUGCAGAGUCUUCAGUGGAGAAGAUCAAAGAAGCUGAAGAGAAGGCUGUUGCUGAAGCUGUUACUACUGCGGCUGCUGCUGAGGCUGAGGCUGAGGCAAAAGCAAAAGCCGAAGCUGAAGAAGUAGCACACAUUGCUGCAGAGGAAGCUGCCAAGGCCAGUGCUAAUGCUUUGACUCAGGGGGAGCAAUCUAACUCUGAUUUUCCCCCUGGUCUUAAAGACUUUGGAGGAACUGCAAAAGGAACAACAAGUGGUACGAGCAAGGUUGGAUCACCAGGAUUCCGUUAA